AGUUAGGGAUGAAUUGAAUAGAAGAUCAGGUUAAUGUUGACCAAGCUGAAUGCUCUUUUUUUUUCCAAAGGCAUUUUUCCUCCGCGUCCCCCAUUAAGGCAAAAACCCAGAUGACGACAGCCAAGUGAGCUCUGCCAGCCCGGAGUUUAAAGCCUCACGUUAAACGUGGCUGAGGUUGAAAAGCAAAAAAGUGAGUCAAUUUGGACAGAAUGAAAAAAAAAAACUAAGGUACCUUCUUUAAUUCUGACAUGGACCCUCGAUUCGCUCUAAUUCCACUACGUCCCGAGCAUAAAGCGCAAGUUGUUCAACUAUUGAUAGCUUCCCUUGGUAUAUCGCUGUUCUUUCAAAACUUUGACAAAGAAGUUGCUGAUUUCCCAGGUGCUUACACCGAGGAAAAUAGAGGAUCCUUUUUUGUAGUCAUCGACAAUCAUAGUGAGACGGAAAAGAUUGUUGCAUGUAUAGGUUUGCGUCCCUUCAAAGGGUUUGCAGAUACAGACAUGCUGGAUUAUCCUCUUGGGUCGCCUGAGACGACCAAAGUAUGCGAGAUGAAGCGAUUGUAUGUCAUUCCUGAAUACAGGAGAUAUAAGAUUGGAGCCGCUUUGGUGGAAAAAGUCAUUGAGGACGGAAGAGCACGUGGGUACACCUCCAUGGUACUGGAUACCAUUCCUACCCUUGUUGGCGCUACUCGUCUUUACCAGGGUAGAGGAUUUAAAGAGAUGUCAGGAUGUAUAGAUAAUGCGGAUUUACAACGCUUGUACUUUGAACUGGAAUUGUAAAGAUAGAAAUCGAUGUUAGAUAUUGAUGUUAGAUAGAGUUGUUGAAAGAAGUUCAUAAAAUAGGCAAACUAAGAAUCAAAAAGCUCAAGAAGCAAUAUUGCU